CUCUCUCUCUCUCUCUCUCUCUCUCUCCCUCUCUCCUCUAUGCUGCUAUUCUGGGAAGUGGCGUUUGGAAUAACCCCCGUGUGCGUAUGAGUGUGUGUGUGCGUGUGUUAUGUGUCUCCUGAUUUCACCCUCACACACGCACACAUACACACUCAUAACACAGCCAGGCGCACACACUCUACUGUCUGUCUGACUGCGAUGUAGUGGAGUGGAGCUCCGGCAAAGCAGAAAUCCGGUCGGAAAGGAUUCCUUCCAUUUUUACGCGCAACUUUUUUUCCUCCGUCGGCCGACUCCGCCGCGACGUUGCCACUCGACUUGUUUGUGUUUGGAUUUCUAACAACUGCUUCCUUUUCGGCUGUUUUCUAAAAAACGGACAAAUCAAGCGAGGUGUCAAACCCGCCCGGAAUCGGAUCUCCUGUCAGCCGGGGGGUUCAGCUUGUUGUCAUUUUCGCACACGGAGACGGAGACGCGCAGCCGGAGCGCAGACAGGAGGGGCUGUGACCAGUUUGUGGACUUGCUAAAUUGGAUCAGACGGUGACACCAGGAUGGCCCUAUGAGGACACUUUCUGUCGGGACUCCCGCUGAAGCCAAACUGAGCAUGUGCAGACCAACAGGUCUUUUGUUGAGAGAACUGGAUGACUUUUGAAGCUACAGAAAGAGGAUCUACAAGCACUUUCCCCCAAAGAAAAAUCACUCAAGGAUUCUUCUGCCUUUAGAUGAACUGGACAGAAAAACAACGCACGUGUUUACAAAAUGGCAAAAGUAGAGAAACAUUUCUGCUCCCCUUUUAUUUCCACUUCCUAAUUCCUGUUUCCAGCCCGGCUUCACAAUCAGUCUAUUUCAGCAAUGGACGGGUACUUCCUGCUUCUGUGAACUUGUCGGCAGCCCUCAAAGGUUCAGCUAUCAUGCCUGGUAGUUUUGGGACCUUGUAACCCUCCAGAACCUCCCAACUCCCCCCCCAUCCCCCCCCCCGUCUCCUAACCUCUUCUAACCCACAGAAGAGUUUCACGAAAAUGGAGGCCCGUGAAUUAGCUGCCGCUGGGCAGAAAUGCUCUAGUAAGGAACCAUUGAAGGAGAAGACGCCUCUGCAACGAAAGUGGGCAUCCGAGCCCUCUGCAACCACCAAACGAAGCACUUUUGCUGACCCAGAGGCAAAACAUCGUGAGAGUUUGCCAUGUGGUGCCACCGGGGGAUCAGCACCCCAGCAGAAGUACGCAUUUACAGGGAAUUCUGGAAAGCUGCUAUCUGGACCCUCUGCAGUUGGGGCCAUAGGAGGCCCACCAUCUCAAGACCCCCAAGGGCCCUUUGCGCAGGGGUUCCAAAGGGGAUACUCCUACCAGCUGGGUCAGCCGUACCCUCAGCACCCCCAAACUGAGCGCUUCCUCUCAGGAGCCAAACCUCAGCCAGGUCUAGAGCCUCACGCCUGGCCUUUUGCUGGCCAGUUGCCCUCGGAUGAUCUGUACCCUGUAGGACACCCGGGGCACACUCAUCCUCAUGGGGCUGGGGCAGGGAGGUUUCCUCGCCAGAAAUCUCCUAGUUUACCAAGCUCUUUCGGACAAUAUUCUCAAUCAGGCCCUGAGCCUGGAGAGGAGGGCUACAGCAAAAAAGAGCAGAAGCCGAAAAAGCCUGGUAAGUACAUCUGUCACUACUGUGGCCGAGCUUGCGCCAAGCCCAGCGUCCUGAAGAAGCACAUCCGCUCACAUACCGGAGAGAGGCCAUAUCCUUGUGUACCCUGUGGCUUUUCUUUCAAAACCAAGAGCAACCUUUACAAGCAUCGCAAGUCCCAUGCUCAUGCCAUCAAGGCUGGACUCGUACCAUUUUCAGAGCUAGCUGUGGCUCGCAGUGGGGACAUGGACCAGGCAUCCCCAGUGGGCGAGGCUGAGGUCCAUUCGGAUGGAGAGCAGAGUACCGACACAGAUGAGGAAGGAGUGGAUGGCUCCACCAUGCUGACGGACAAAGACAGCCCUAUCCCACAGAUCUCCUUUGAAGCUGACAAGAAUACAGGUGGUGUGGAACCAGCAUAUGCAGACUCAGCUGAAGAGCUGCCCAUGGGGUCGAUGAAAGUGCCUAUCCUUAUUGUCCCCAAACCUGGGGGAGUCCCCUCCACGGGGAUGGAAUGCCCACCAUUUCAGGACAUAAAGGGAUCCCACCACAUGUUGGCAUCGCAGGUUGGCGGAAGGGCACAUUCGCUGGAUGAGUCCCCCACCAUCAAACAACGUUUGGCCCUGAGGCUAAAUGAGAAAAAGGGCCAGGACUCUGACCCUGCCAUGUCCCAGUCCUUGAACCUCCUUAGUCCUCACAGCAAAGGCAGCACAGACUCUGGCUACUUUUCACGCUCUGAGAGUGCAGAACAGCAGAUCAGCCCUCCGAAUACUAAUGUCAAGACGUACGAAGAGAUUAUGUUUGGUCGGACUUGGUACUACCGACCCAACUCCAGAUCCAGACAGUCUAUAACAGUGGCAAUGGCAGGGGCAGAUCCCAGCAGCCUGGCCAGCUUAAAGCAAUCAGGUGCUAUUCUGGACAUGGGGAAGAUAGCUGAGGAUCAUAUCUGUUUCAGAGGGGAUGUAGGAGUCUCUGGAGAUCCUAAGCAGUAUCCAACAGGACCCUGUCAAAGCAGUACAGGGCUUCUGGAGCCUCCGUCAGAUUCUGGACCCCUUAUUAGGAGUAACUCAAUGCCAACAUCCUCACCUCCUAACCUUAGUGUCCCACCAGGGAUACGAGGCAGCCACUCCUUCGAUGAGAUGAUGACGUCAGAUGAUGUGUUUUACCCACCUCGGAGACUCAGAAGACAAGCUGCAUUCGAACAUUCAGCCAAUGAAGCCCAUGUAGGAGAGGCUGAGGGCUAUGGACACAUGCCCAAGAAUGUAGCUUCAUCUAUGGGUAUGAAGAUGGGGGAGCGCAGCCCAGGAGUCCCAGAGCAUAUUGCCUAUAGCCCUUACGGUACUAAAGUUAGCAUGUCAGAAAUAGCCACAAGAAAAAGGAGGAAAGAGAAGAGUGUUGGGGAUGAGGAAGACAGUCCUGGACACUGCGACAGUAGCUGUAGUGGUUCAGUGGAGAUGAUAGGGGAUUAUGAGUUUAAACAAAGUAGUCUUGAUGGGUCGAGAGCCACCCCAACAGGAAAGGGCUCUCUUCAUAGCGCUCAUAGCCAGUCUGACAGCUUUGAUACCUGUGCCAGCAUGUGCUCUGAGGACAUUGCACUGUUUCCUGACUCUGAGGGCAGGAAGGCAGUCGGGAAUGUCAUCUCAGUCAUCCAGCACACCAACUCCCUCAGCCGGCCAAAUUCCUUUGAGAAGUCAGAGUCCUUUGAGCAGCUAGGAUAUCAUCCCUCAGAUAAAGCUCCAUCUAGCCAGUACUCUGAACAGUCGGACACAGAGAUCUUUGAAGAUGCUCUGAGUCCUGAAUCUGCCCUACUGAGGACAGAGAGCAUGGAGCAGCAGCUGCAAAGUGACAGUGACCUGGCCUCCCUCUCAUCUUCAUCAGCAGCAGCCUCACCCGGCCAGCCUUAUCACAUCCCACACAAACUAGUCCGACAACCCAACAUCCAAGUUCCUGAGAUCAGGGUGACGGAGGAGCCGGACAAGCCUGAGCAAGACACGGAAGCUGCAAUGACCAAGGAACCGGAGAAGCAGCAACAACACGUGGAGGAGUUCCAGCUGCCACAGAGGAGUGACACACUCUCCCAGAUGCCAUCGGAAAAGCUCCCACCCAAGAAGAAGAGGUUGCGCCUGGCUGAUAUGGAGCACUCAUCUGGCGAAUCAAGCUUUGAAUCGACCUGCACUAGCCUUUCUCGCAGCCCCAGUCAGGAGAGCAACCUGUCCCACUCCUCUUCCUUCUCCAUGUCCUUUGACCGAGAUGAAGGCCUCAAGUCUGGCUCGCCCACCAAACAGGAUGACUCAUUGGCAUCUUGUGGUGGACCUAAACAGUCGGAGUUCCUGACGGUGCCUGGCAGUGGUCACUCCAGCCACCACCAGCAAAGGGAGAUGAGGAGGUCAUCAUCGGAGCAGGCACCGUGCACGCUGCCUACAGAGUUGCCUGAGAUGCGAAGCAAAUCCUUCGACUAUGGAAGCUUGUCCUCCUCUAGACAGGGGGAGAUAUACUCCAGUGCCUCUGCAAUGAAGGAACGCCGGCGUGGAUAUCUAGUUCGACAGGCUUCACUGAGUGUUUAUCCAGAGGCGGUCACCCAGGAACCAGGGCUCUCUGAGAUGUCAAUCAAACAGGAGAGUUUGGAACAUGGGGCAUGGCCUGGCCCAACAGGAUCCCCCCAUAGCGGCAGCGAUCUAGCCUGCAGAUCCAAAAGAAUUGGCGGUAGCAUUGGUGGUGUAGGACCUCACCAACACCAACACCACCAGCACAUCCUCCAGCAGAGUAUCAGUGAGGACAGCCUGCAGGACGAACCUCUCUAUAGCAGGUCCCAGCAGCAUCGCCUGCAGACCCAAGGCUCAUCAUCUGAAGGAGAACAUCCAGGUCACGAGGUUAUGAACAAGGAAGUAAUCCAGCAGUACCAGAGUGGGCCCCCCUUCCUUUCUUUCCAGCAACCGGGUCUGUUUUGGAAUCAGGAGGCCGGUCAGACACCCAGACAGCAGCUGACCCUCCAGGCCCAGCAGCAGCUCCAAAAACUCCACAUCAGAUCACCAGGGAACCUGCCUGGACACCCGCACCACAAGCAACAACCGCUCCACUCCGUGCAGCAAAUCCACGAUCAACAGCCGCACGAUGGGAAAUCAGAAAAUCCGAACUCUCAGAUGUACCCUGCCUCUUUCUCAUCUCGCAACUCUCCCCUGUCCCAGCAACAACAGCAAAACUUUGUCCCGUCCAAACACUCCCUGCCCAGCUCCACCACCACCCCAAUGCUUCUGCAGCAAAUCCAACCUGUCUUUGCCACCCAGAACCUGGGCUCCCAGGCCUCUAUGCCCGGUAUGCUGGUUCCUGUACGGAUCCAAACACACGUGCCAACAUUUGGUAGUGUUAUGUACACCAGUGUUAGCCAGCUGAUAGCUACUCAUGGCAGUGGGGCACAAGGGCUAGGUUCAGCCAGGCCAGGUGUUGCUGACAACAGCAACAUGUCUCCCUCUGUUGGUGUUGCAAGUGUCAGCAAACCACCUGGAGGUAUUGGAGGAGGCAUGAGCGGGGCAGGCUUCAACCUAUCACACUUUCUGGGACAGACCGAUGGUGCAGCAGCGCGCUACCCACUCUGGAAGGUUCCAGAUUCACUGCCAGAGCAACGCCUGAACACAGGGAUCCCAUUGUCACUAACGUCAGGCACCAUAUCCACCACAGACGCCUCAGGAUCUGGCAUCGGAGGCAGCAAACGCAUGCUUUCCCCCGCCAGCUCUCUGGAGCUUUUCAUUGAGACUAAGCAGCAGAAAAGAGUGAAAGAGGAGAGGAUGUAUGGACAGAUCGUUAAGGAGAUGAGUGCGGUGGAGCUGAGUGGAACUGAGAGCAGCAGCAAGCCUGAGAAAGGGCAGAGCAGAGGUCAGCGACCCCGUCUUAAGAGUGAAGGCUCCAUGGAUGAUUCUGAAAGAAUGGCCUCGUCUCCUCCACUAAGCGACUUCCCUGUUGCCACCAAGAUUGCCAUUCCUGUCCGUUCAUCUGCCCCUCACCUCCCUGAUGUACCCCGGGCUGAAAGUUUCACCCCUCCUCUCCAGAUUGUCACUGACCGCUCCCCGGUAUCAGGUGGCCGGGAUUCCCCAGAAGAGCUUGAUGUGGAUGAGUCAGUCCCAGAGCGCAACUCCAGCCCCCAGUCCAUGGUGUCCUCCAACGACGAAGAAGACAGUGACAACACAAAGCAGUCUGCAUCCAGUAAAAUCCCUGUGAGCAUGCUGGUUCAGCUAGCCGCCAACCAAAGUGCAGGAUUAUCCGGAGCGGUGGGCCAGACCCUGCUACUCACGGAUGUGGCUGACGUCCAGCAGUUUUUCCAGUUCCCCAGCCUGCGAACCAUGAGCAGAGUCAGCUGGUGUUUCCUGAACUACACCAAACCCAACAGCACCCAAGCUGCCUUGCGUAGCUCUGUCUACAAUGCAUGGUGUGUGAGCUCAUACAACCCCAAUCCUCUGAACCUCAGCACGAAGGCGGCUCUGGCCCUGCUCAGGUCCAAGCAGAGGAUAAACACUGAUUCCAUGUACACACAUGCCGCCAUGUCGCCACCCAGCUCUGGAAAACUGGUGUCAUCUGUGGCCUGGAAGCUGAGGUUUGAUCAGUUGAAGCCAGAGCUGAUGCCAGUUGAUGUCAGUAAUUUCGGGAGGAAGAUGAAGGGAGUGGUGUCGUGGGACCGUUCGAAGGAGGAGCAAGUGGAGAAGGAGGUCUCAGCCAAACAGCCGGCCACCGAACCGACCCGCAUCAAGAUCUUUGAAGGCGGGUACAAAUCCAACGAGGACUACGUGUACGUCCGCGGUCGCGGCCGGGGGAAAUACAUCUGCGAGGAGUGCGGCAUCCGCUGUAAGAAGCCCAGCAUGCUGAAGAAACACAUCCGAACGCACACCGACGUCCGGCCGUACGUCUGCAAGUUCUGCAACUUUGCCUUCAAGACGAAAGGAAACCUGACGAAGCACAUGAAGUCGAAGGCUCAUAUGAAAAAGUGUCUGGAGUUGGGAGUCUCCAUGUCUUCUGUUGAGGACAACGAGGCAGAUGAAGGAGAUGUCGGAGAUGAAGGUCAGAGGUCUGAGAAGAUUUCCCGAGGUGCCAUGGCGGAGCACCAGUUCUCAGAUGCUGACGACUCAGAGGGUGGAGAGGAAGACGGCGAUGAGGUGGACGACGACGACGACGAAGAGGACGACUACGACGGCGACUCCACACCGAAGACUCGCUCUCGCUCCACCAGCCCGCAGCCUUACGCCCUGCCCUCCAUGUCCAUCACAGCCGUGGCCUCCUCCCAUCAGGCUCCUCACCUCUCCCAUCAUUCAGCCUCCGACCUCCUGGGAAACACCAACAAGCCUCCGCUGUUUGGCUACUUCACCACCGUGCCGAGUAUCCAGAUCACACCGCAGGCUCCACCCAGCGACCCGGCAGGGAGGGAGCGCAGUCAGGUGGAGUACCAGAGAGGCCUGCAGAGGGCGCUGGGCAGCAGGCUGCUCGUUCCACCCUCCUCCUCCAUGGAUGAAGACCUCCCCGUCCCCUCCCCAGACCUCUCCUCCCCGUCCUCCCGCCUGUCCUCGCCCGGGCUCGACCACUCCGGCUGCCCGUCCCCCAUCUCCCCUUCAUCCUCCCCUUCGGCCCACCGAUACCUCUCCCCGCACCGUGACCUCUCCCCUCACACCGGACACCUCUCACCUCGGCGGGACAUCUCUCCCCUGCGUCACAUCUCCCCCAAGAGGGACCUGGGAGUGUCUGGGGGAUACCGGCGAGACCUCUCCCCCAGGAGAGGACACCUCUCGCUGCUCUCCCCUCUGUCUCGACCCACGUCUCCGGCAGGACGAGACUACAAGCGUGACCUUUCACCACGAGGCCGCCACAGGGGGAUGAUCCGGCCUGUUUCUCCUCGCCGAGGGCUGCACCAACACCUCCACCACCAAAGCCAGCAGAGCGGAUCUCGGGGCCUCAGGCCAGGUCACCAGGCCGGGGUGCUGGGUCAAGCCGAGCUGGACCCGCUGGGACGUUGCAGGGGCAGUGCCGAGAUGGAGAUGGAACAUCGUCCGGGCUCACCGUCGUCAGGGGAACGGGACCAGGGCGGUACCCGCGGUAACCAGUCCAGCCCACCUCACCAAGUCCUGUUCAGUCACCUUCCUCUUCAUUCUCAACUCCAGGUGCGUUCUCCAUUCCCGAUGAUCCCCAUCGGAGGGAUCCAGAUGGUACACUCCGUCCCCACCUCCGUCACCACCCCUCUGGCCCAGCAGGCGCAGCAGGUCGCAUCCCGCCUGGUGCUGCAGAAGAGCACGUCGGAAGACUCCACCGGCGGCGAGGCCGCCGCCCCUCAUCCCGUCUCCUUCACUGAGAGAGGAGUUCGAGGAGGCGAGAGGCUGAGGGAGUUGGCUUCACCUCACCUCUCGUCGCAGGAGAGGGAAGCAGGAGGAGGAGCGAGGCUGGAGCAGGAGGAGAGCAUCCAGACCUGCACCAAGGCCAUCGCCUCGCUCUGCAUCGACUCGGAGGAGCUCGCCGAGAGAGGAGGAGGAGUCAGAGUGGAUAAAUUGAAAGACGGAGGCAGAGCUUCUUCCUCCUCUUCCUCUCCUUCUGCGUUGUCCUCCGACUCCCAUCAACAGCAGCGCUCGCCAUCCAUCUCCAUGUCGCCGCCAUCUCCUCAUCCUUCACCAUCUCCUCCACAAGGUCCCGGGAUUCAGCACUUUAGCGGCCUGGAGCUCAGGCCCCCUUACCCAUCCAUCCCCGCCUCCCCUCACGCCUCCUCCUCCUCCUCCUCCUCCUCCCCUGCUCCUUCUUCCUCCUCCUCCUCCUCGCCUCACCCUCCCAGCCCCGGAUCCGACGGCCUCCAGCCUUCGACAGCGUCCAAACCUCUCAAGCCGGAGAGAGACAGGGAGGGCGAAAGCACAAAGAGAAACAAAGAGGCGUCGUAGGGCUGCAGGAGGAGAAGACGACGAGGAGGAGGAGGAGGAGAGGCCGUGGACUUCUUUAUUUGUUUUUGGAUAAUACGAAGGGAUGAAGUGCAACAGAGAGAGAAACACGACUUUUGCACACUUUACACACAUAUUCGUCAGUUUAUACACACUCUCUCUCUCUAACACACACACACACACACACACACACACGAAUACAAAGAAACAGCUCUUGUCAAAAAGUUUUUAAAACAGACUAAAACACGAACGGACUUUUAACAUGUAUGUACGGCACGCCUGAUGGAAGCGGAGGGCCUGCUCUCAGAGAGAACGUUCUUAUUUAAAGACUUUAAAAGGCGGUGACACGUGUACGUCAACUCCAACCACCGACACCACCGACACAUGAGCCCGACCAAAACCUGCUAUUCACAAGAAAACAGAAGGACUCUGGUUUUAAACGGUACGUCAGAAACAAACAAACAAAAAGAAUCAGACAGCUAUGUGUGUGCCUUUUCUUUAGUCUUUUUAGGUUUUUGUUGUUUUUGCUUAUAUUCACAUAUGAGCAAACAAAAGCAGGAAGGUAAAAUGUAAAUACAAUAUCUCGUUUUUUGCGUAUCAGCUUUGUAAUAAAUGCAACCCCCUCCUCCUCCUCCUCCUCCUCCUCCCUACUCCCUCUCCUUCUUUUUUUUUUGGACACCUUAAAUGUCUCCGACAAGCGAUGUGAAGUUAUGGAUAUUACUAUUACGUACGGUUGCACUAAAACAUAUUUUUAUAUGAGUGAAAUUUGAAAAAAAAAAAAAUCUGCUUUUUUUUUGUGUACAGCAGCGAUUCUAUAAUACUAUUUAUUAUUGUUACCAUGUUUCAUAAAUUGUACAUUUUUUCUUAAAUGUCGUGGAUGCCUUUUUCUAUGUAAAGCAUGGGUUUUUUGCUAUCGCUUACA